UUCCGGCGCGACAUGUCGGAACGAGAGAUGGUGAAAGCAAACCAACAAUCUCAUCAAGAUUCUUGUGAUCUUCAGUAAUCUUUUGAUACAAAUUUUCGUGCUCACAACAUUCGGUUGUCGGUUAUUUUUUUCCUCGCACCGAGACGAAAAAUACACGCUUUUAUAAUGCGCGUUCAUCGGAGAUUUAUUUUAUAUUAUAAGUGUUGUGACCAAGUAAAAAUAGUUGGAUAAAAAAAUUAUUUGAAAAAAAAAAAUUAAAUUCGAGUUUUUUUUUUAAUAGAAAAAGAGUUUAAAGUUUAUGGUAAAUUUUUCUUCUUGGAGAAUGGAUUUGUUUAAUAAGAUCAGUGUCAAUGUAAUUGUGCUUGUUAUUUAUUUUAUUAUAAUUGGACAAGGCUAUAAAGUGAAUUUAAAUAAUUAUGGACAUGAAGAAAAUGAUGUUUUUUUAAAGAAAAACAAUCGAUCGGGAAAAUUUUUGUUUGACGAAAUAUUUGGAGUGGACAUUACGGGCACAGAUUCAGAUGUUGAAACAGAAGCAGAAAAAAUACGAAAUUGUUCCUGUGAAUGUGGGAUUACAAAUCAAGAGAUAAGAAUUGUGGGUGGAAAACCGACUCUUCCACAUAAAUAUCCUUGGAUAGCGAGGAUUGUUUAUGAUGGGAAAUUUCACUGCGGUGCUAGUCUACUUACAAACGAUUAUGUGAUAACUGCAGCUCAUUGUGUCAGAAAGUUGCAGAGAACGAAAAUUAGAGUAAUUUUGGGAGAUCACGAUCAAUAUGUGAACAGUGAUGGAGUAGCAAAAAUGAGAGCAGUUAGACAAAUAAUACGACAUCGAAAUUUUGAUAUGUAUUCAUUUAAUCACGAUGUAGCUUUACUUCGAUUGCGAAAACCAGUAACAUUUUCAAAAUCAAUCAAACCAGCCUGCUUACCCAAUUCAGAUGAAGAUCCUGGGGGUAAGGAGGGUACUGUCGUUGGUUGGGGACGUACGAAAGAAGGAGGAAUGCUUCCUGGUGAAGUUCACGAGGUUCAAGUUCCAAUUUACUCUCUUACACAGUGUCGGAAUAUGAAAUAUCGAGCCAGCCGUAUCACUGACAACAUGAUAUGUGCCGGACGAGGAUCGCAAGACUCUUGCCAAGGUGAUAGUGGUGGUCCAUUACUUGUGCAAGAAGGUGAUAAAUUAGAAUUGAAAGGAAUAGUAUCUUGGGGAGUAGGAUGUGGAAGAGCUGGUUAUCCCGGCGUCUAUACGAGAGUUUCCAAAUACUUGAACUGGAUUCGUACAAAUAUGAAAGAUUCGUGUCAUUGCAUUACCUGAACAUUCCUAGUUGCAUUUUAUAUAAAAUUCAAUCAUAAAGUUAAAUUCUGGUUACGUAAGCGGAAAACUUCUAUUAUGAAAUUCAAUACAAUUUAAAUGCUAUAUUGCUCAUAAUAAUUCUUAAAAAAAUAUUCUUAAAGAAAAAUAAAAAUUUAUGAAAACAUUCUAAAAUAGGGGCUAAGAAUUUAUUUGAAGAAUUGCAAAAAUAUUAAAAUGACACGAAAAAACUGUACAAUAAAAAAAGAAACUCACUGUACAGAAAAAAAAGCUCAAAAAUGUGUGAUAUUUUACAGCAAAUACAUAUUAUUUAUAAACAAACAAGUUCAAUAUUCAUGUAACAAAUUAAUUUUAAUAGAAUAAUUCUCUCUAGUGACGAAAAAUACAAAAUUUUUAAAUUUAGAUCAAAUUUUAAUUAAAAAUUUGUAAAAUAGGUUUAUUAAUUUUUAGAAUAAGAAGGGAAAAAACAAUAAGAUGUAAAACAAGUGUAAAUGCACAACUGUAAUUGAACUAAUUUAUGUAAAUUCUAUUGCGGUCGUGCAGUAAUUUAACGGUUCUCUAUAUCGUACCAAAGCUGCUAUCAUAAAGAUAUUUUUUAAAGAAGAAAAAAAAUAUGUCAUCAUUGUAAAGAACUGAAAAAUUAUUUUUUUAAAAAAAUAAAUAUUUAUAAAUAAAAAAUUAUUAAAAUUGA